AUGGACAACAUUUCCACCCUCGGGCUAGACGACGCUGCCAACGGCUUUGCUGUGUUCGAUGAACCUUAUAGAGAGCGAGCCUCAUCAGAAUUGUCGGGUCUGCCCAGCCACACAAUUAUCUUCUCCUAUGGCCCUCCCGAUAUGGUUCGUCAGGCUAAAUUGGAGGCCCUGGAGAUGAAGGUCCGUCGGAAGAUGCAAGAGCAGAAGGCAUCCGUGCGCGAUACCCACGCGCUCAGCGACUUCACCGCAGCGGAUAUGCCCUCAACAGCUGUCCGAGUCAGCGCUCGAGCCAACGGCGUGGGCUCCCUGGGCCUGGUCAAAUCCCUUGUGGUUCCUCCAGAGCUCACAGAACACGGAGAGGAGGUGCGCGGCAGCAGCCACUUCAUCCUCGAUGGCGAGCGACUCGAAUACCAACGACCAGCCCGCAUCGCGCGAAGCGGCUCCCAGGUCGCUCGUCCAAUGCCGCAGUACCGAAUGUACGAGCCCGGACAGCGGACGAGCGUGUCGGGGAACCAAAAGAAGAAACAACAGCCCCAACAACAAUUGCAGCAGCAGCAGCAGCAGAAGAGCCUAGGAGGGAGAGGCGCGGCCGCUGCGGCUGCUACGGAGAGCGCGGGAAUGACAAGACCAACGGGGAAAGCUGCCGCCGCCGCCGCCGCCGCCGCCGGCGGCGGAGCCGCUGCUGCUGCCGCCGGGCAGCGUAGGAGCUCCCUCACUGGGCCCCACUUAGCGGGACAAGGACCAGCAGCCGCAUCAGCGUCAGCGUCAGGAGGAGGAGGAGGCAGCGGAGGGGUUAGCGGCGGCUGGGUCGGCGGAGCCGAGGCCAGAGCACACUCGCUGCGGUCGGAGCUCAAGGUCCAGCUGAGUGACGGCAUGUUGGCGUACGUGCCGUCCAAGUUUGAGCGGCCCAAAAACGUCGAGAGGACGGCGUUUGUGCCGCAGGGACAGGUACGCAGUCCUUAG